AUGUACACUUUCGCCGUUUGUUUACGUCUGGCUGUGGACUGCAAGGGGAGCUUCGCCGACUGGAGCGACUGCGAGGCUUUUUUCGGUACCAUUCCGAGGACUAUGUACACCCUGGUGCAGGUUGUUACGCUGGAAUCCUGGAACAUGACGGUGGGCCGACCUUUGGUGGAGCGUCAGCCAUUGUUGUUCCCGGUCUUGCUGCUGUAUAUUUUCCUGACCACCUUUGGCCUGCUGAACAUCAUCGUAGGCGUCAUCGUGGAGAACACGCUGAACAUCGCAUCAUCUGACCAGGAUCUCCAGGACCGCAGAUUUCAGCGUCAACUCCUCCAAGAGUUGGAGUUCUUGAAGGAGGUUUUUGAGUCCGCUGACUCGGACGGCAGCGGAACCCUCGACCGUGAGGAGUUCGUCGACAUAUGCCAAAGACCAGAGGUCAAGAAUGCGCUGCUCCGCAUGGAGGUCCCGGCGGAGCAGCCUGAGGAGCUUUUCGACAUCCUCGAUGAGGAAGGGGUCGGCCAGAUCAGCUUCCUCACCUUCCACGAGAGUGUGAAGAAAGUGAGAGGAGUGCCCACGAACUUUGACAUGAAG